GUCCCCCCCCCCCGGCGCGGCGGCGGCCAUGGCGGGGCGCGGGAAGCUGAUCGCGGUGGUGGGCGACGAGGACACGGUGACCGGGUUCCUGCUGGGCGGCGUCGGGGAGCUGGACAAGCACCGGCGCCCCAACUUCCUCGUGGUGGAGAAGGAAACCAGCCUGGCCGAGAUCGAGGAGACCUUCCGGAGCUUCCUCAGCCGGGAGGACAUCGGCAUCAUCCUCAUCAGCCAGUGCCUGGCGGAGCUGAUCCGGCACGCGGUGGAGGCGCACGCCCGCGCCCUGCCCGCCGUCCUCGAGAUCCCCUCCAAGGAGCACCCCUACGACCCCGCCAAGGACUCCGUCCUGCGCCGCGCCCGCGGCGUCUUCGCCCCCGACGACCUCCGCUAGGGACCCCCGCCCCGCCCCAAGGCUCCCCAACCCCCCCCAGGGUGCUGCUGGGGGUCCAUGGCCUACCCCAAGGGUCCCAAACCCCACCCUAGGGUGCUGUGGGGGUCCACGGCCCGCCCUAAGGGUCCACGGCCCACCCGAAGGGUCCCCGACCCACCCUAGGGUGCUGCUGGGGGUCCAUGUCCCACCUAAGGGUCCCCAACCCCACCCUAGGGUGCUGCUGGGGGUCCACGGCCCACCCUAAGGGUCCCCGACCCACCCUAGGGUGCUGCAGGGUGUCUGUGUCCUACCCCAAGGGUCCCAAACCCACCCUAAGGGUCCAUGUCCCACCUAAGGGUCCCCAACCCACCCUAGGGUGCUACUAGGGGUCCACGGCCCACCCUAAGGGUCCCCGACCCACCCUAGGGUGCUGCUGGGGGUCCAUGGCCCACCCUAAGGGUCCCCGACCCACCCUAGGGUGCUGCUGGGGGUCCAUGGCCCACCCCAAGGGUCCCAAACCCACCCUAAGGGUCCAUGUCCCACCUAAGGGUCCCCAACCCCACCCUAGGGUGCUGUGGGGGUCCACAGCCCACCCCAAGGGUCCCCAACCCACCCUAGGGUGCUGCGGGGUGUCUGUGUCCUACCCCAAGGGUCCCAAACCCACCCUAAGGGUCCAUGUCCCACCUAAGGGGCUUCACACCACCCUAGGGUGCUGCUGGGGGUCUAUAUCCCACCCUAAGGGUCCAUGGCCUACCCUAAGGGUUCACAGCCCACCCUAGGGUGCUGCUGGGGGGGGUCUGUGUCCCGCCCUGAGGGUCCAUGUCCCACCCUAGGGUGCUGCUGGGGACCCACAUCCCCACCCAAGGGUUCAUGUCUCACCCCAAGGGUGCUUUUGGGGGGGCCCACAGCCCACCCCAACUGUCCCACCCCACACAAGGGGGCUGCUUGGGGGCUCCAUGGCCCACCACUGGGUGCUUCUGGGUGUCUGGGCGUCCCUGCCCCACCCCGGGGUGCCACGGGGGGUCUGUGGGUGUCCCGUGGGUGCCCCGUGACACUGGCUCACCCUGGAAGGGGAAGUGCCAGUGCGGGGGGGUGGGGGGUGCUCCGAGGACACGAGGCCCCAGCAGCACCCUUGGGUGGGGGGCGGGGGGGCGCUGGGGUUUGCUGACCCCUCCCCACACUCCCUGGGGUCCCCAAAUGUUGGGUGGGGGGCGUGUGUGUGUGUGCCCCACCCUCCCCGUACCCCAACACGCGCUGCCCCUGCUCGCC